AUAUUUUGUUGAUUACGUAUAACUUCGAAAUGUAUGCAACGUAAGUAUUUUAAAGAACGUUUAUAAUUUAUAAUUUUUAGCCGUCGUAGCCUAGAGGAUUUGUCAUACUGAGUCGUAUCAAGAAGUGCGAUGCGGGCCUUGAAAUGCAUCGGGUAGGUAUAAGUUUUAUACCCAAUUUUUUGGUUUCCCGUAGGCAGCGGCUUGCCUCUGCCCCUGGAAUUGCUGAAGUUCAUGGCCCACAAGGGCAAUAAAAAAAUUAAAAAAAAUUACACCUCGUACCUAUCCUGUACAUACGAAUAAUUAUUUCGACAGUAAGGAAUAUGAUAAAAAUCUACUUUAUAGCAACCCUAACGCCUGCCGCGUCUGAUCGCGCGCCGCGACCAAUCAGGGACUCUCGUUGUCGGCUCCCGGCGCGACUCAACGACCGAAGGGCUUUCCCUUUGGCAAGCCGCGUGCGCCCCUUUUCGGGCGCCGACAGUUCACCCGCAACCACCGAAGCAUACACACGAGAACACGUCCGCACCUCGCUCGCUACCAUUCCUUUUCGAACUUGUUUGUGGGAUCCUCUGGAGUGUUCAUACCCAGUGCUCCAGCUGGACAACACAAAACUGGCGCCCCAACGUGGUAAGGUAAAUCUAGCGGUGAGUCGACGAAUCAUAUCGGUUUUGCAAAUAAAAUUGUGAACUCAUGAUCAUGGUGAACACUCGAAGUGAUAACCGUGCUAGCCGAAAUCGCAGGGAUGAUGAUGCAACGGACCCGUCGUUCGCGUCCCGCGAUCGGUCUUCCCGAGCGCGUCCGCCGCCCAAGAAAAUGGCGCCGGCGACGCCUCGCGCAUAAUCUACGAGUCCUUUCGAGAAGCAUCUACGAGCGCGUCUCCCGCCUGCGAAAUUGGCGCUGCUGACGCCUCGCGCUCCAAUCACCACAACCGAUCCGGCGAUAGCCACGUGGCCCCCGCCGAAGCCACCUUCUCCAGCGAGCACGUGUCAACAUUAGUAGAGGCACUACAGCGGAGCCAAACAGAGGUUUUGAAAUAAUUAUUUGAAACGAUACGGCACAACACAUCAACACCAGUGCCCGCAUCACAUGCACACGCGAACUUCGCCCGAUGUACCGCGCGCUUUAGUGGGGCUGCAGGUGAGUCGCUUGAUGCCUUCCUGGAUGCGGCCGAGGCGUAUCGCGACUGCUCCGACAUCUCGGAAGAGAACGCCAUCCGGGGAUUGUCCGUGCUGUUGUGCGGCGACGCCGCCGUCUGGUGGCUGGGUGUGAAGUCCUCUAUAAUAAUAUCUUCGUGGUGCGAUGCCGUCUCAGCCCUACGAGAUGCUUUCGGUGAUCGCAGGCCUCCACACCGUAUAAACGCUCAACUGUUCAAACGAGGUCAACAAAACGAUGAAAGAACGGACCGUUUCAUCGCUGCGACGCGCGCUCUUCUCGCGAAGCUACCUGCCGGCGACCUAAGCGAGAAAGUCCAGCUGGACAUGAUCUACGGACUCCUCAGCCGCCGCGUACGGGAGAGACUUCGUCGCGACGAAAUAAGUUCAUUCGACGUGCUUCUGCAAAGAGCGCGCCAAAUUGAAGACGCGACGGACGAACUUCGCUAAGAACACGAUGCCUCAAGACCGACGGGAGAAUUAGCAAGAAAGCCAUACGAGUCGACGACCGGCACCGGACGCACCCGCCCUCCGCCAGCAACCGCAGCUCGCACGGCCACGUGCGCUCCGAGCGGCGCCACCCCCGGCCACGAGCCCACGACGCAGCCGCCGCUUGCUCUCGGAACGCCGCGUGUAUUUGACUCCGCCGAAAGGAAGCGACGCCCGAAAUGUUCGUAUUACCAUUUCUUCGGUCACGAGAAGAACCAGUGUCGUAAGUUAGAUUCAAAACAAGGUGAUCAAUCUCAUACUAACUUAUUUCAAAAUAAAACUCACUCAAAAUCUAGUGAAAGUGAAGUUAAAAGUGAUCAGUCAUUUUAUUGUGUUGAUUCAAAAGUGUGUUUUAAAUUUGAAAACGACAAAUCAGAAAAAUACCGUAUUCGUAGUUCUAAUUUAGUGCAUGAAACUUGUAUACCUAUUUUGCCAAAUAGUGAUGCAUGCACUGAUACCUACACACAUUAUAAACAACGGCGAAAUCCACAAAAUUAUAAUUUUGCUGCCCGUAAUUCAAAUCGUUCGAAGUUUAAGGUUACUGAUAACAGUGAUAAUGCCGAUCGAUCUCGUAUUGAUCGCCCAGGUUCUUCUCGAGAAAAGAAUCACAAUAUCACUGCAUGCAACACGAAAUGUAUAACAUGUAAUCGAUCGAGUGACGAUCACAAAAAUAAUAAUAGUCCGAGCGAAAACCUUACUCACGUUAGCCCUUCAGCCGCCACAACUAAAAAUGUUAACUCUUUGGUUGCCGAACGUAAAAAUGCUAAUUUUUUUUCAACAAAAAUAAUAAUUUGGAUAUGUUUUCUAGCGUCGACGGACAUCUUUGCCGCAAUGCCAAUGCAAACUGGCAAUGUCAAACAUUAACCUGCGCGGUCGCAGAGGAUUCAAAUUUUGUUCAUCAAAGAUGUCCGGACGACAGUAAUAUUUGUAUACCAUUAGUUGAAAAUUAUUGUGAUAAAAACGGGAUAAACCCGAAUUUUCCGAAAUAUGGGAAUAAGCGUGAUGUAAUGGGAUUUGAUUGUUUUUAUGAUUGCGGCGGAGAUGACGAUCUUAGGGGACCCCCUAUUGGUCGUGACGUACGGCCGAUUUUUAACAUAAAUAUACUGGGUUUUGACGGCACCGCUUUAAUAGACACAGCUGCAAAACACUGCAUCGCGGGCCAUACGCUAUACGCUCUCCUCCAGCAUAACAAACACCCUCUCCGCGUUUCCUCUCAACGAGUCAGACUUGCCGACGGUGUGGUGCGCAUUAUGGACGUUUUUACCACCACUCUCGAUAUACGCCUAGAGACUACAAUUAUUUCCACUCCAUUCCUCAUAUUUCCUGAAUCCACCAAUACCUAAUGAAACGUUAUUAGGAAUAGAUUUUAUUACCGCAGCUGGAGUAGUAAUCGACUUCAAAGAAGAGGUUUGGUUCUUCAGUGAUGAUGCGAUGGUAAAGUAUAAUCUGUCCUUCGAACCUAAGUCGCGCAAAGUUUCCUGCGCCACUACAGACAUCCUUAGGGAUGACGAAGGUACUCACCUUACGCCAGCUGAGCGGCAAGCGCUCGCUGACGUACUGGACAGGCACGCACACAUCUUCAGAGCAGGGGGAGGUCCAACUCCGUUUGCUGAGCAUCGCAUCGAAACAGGGCGAAGCAGAAACGCGGUCCGAUUUGAAGGAUUGGGACAGUGAUUCAGUCGUCAUGCAUAUAGGAGCUUUAAAUGUGCCAUAAUCGUUGUCUAUUAACCAUUUAGUAGAUAUUUGAAAAGGUCCUCAAAUAUUAGGAAUAGAAAAUAAAGUUUCCAUCAUAUUAUUUUCCAUAAAACAGAAUUUACAAAAGAUCUGGCUGUAUGGUGCGAUGUGUGUGCCUUUCCAGUUUGAAAUAUGGAACUACUACCACUACUACCUACUACUGUGAUGUCAAUAAUGUCAGAUUUUGUCACGCGUUCUCUUUGGUGGAAGAAUAGGUAGUUGGAGUGAAUACAUACCAAAUUAUUUCGGUCUUGGCAAUUUAUUAAAUGAUUAUUUACUGAAAUUUAGAUAUAGUUACUUUAAAACAUGAUGAGUGACGAUGAUCGAGAUAUAGACAUAGAAAGUGAUGCCGAAAAUGAUUCAGAUUCUCGAACACAUGCUAGAAACGGCAUCGGUGGAGGUGGUGGCUAUUACUCACAGGCAGAGAAGAGAGCACACCACAAUGCCCUCGAGAGAAAGCGACGAGAUCACAUAAAAGAUAGUUUUACAUCACUUAGAGAAUCUGUUCCUGCUUUGCAAAAUGAGAAAGUGGCCAGUCGUGCACAAAUACUAAAAAAGGCUGCUGAAUAUAUACAAUUCAUGAGAAGAAAAAAUAAUUCACACCAACAGGAUAUUGAAGAUUUGAAAAGGCAAAACAAUAUAUUGGAAGCUCAAAUUAGAGCUUUAGAGAAAGCCCGAACUACUGGAAAUUAUGUUGAUGCUCAUGAGUUGGGCCUGGGCAUCAAGUCUGAAGGCAGUUCACAUGAUACGGACAGUUCAGAUGGAGAAGGCACCACCCGUCGUGUCAAAAAACUUAAAAUAAAUGGUGUAAAUGUUUAGGAAGAAUUCCAUAAUUGAAUUAUCCUAGCAGUGACAUGUGGUUAUUAAGUUGAUUGUGAAAACUAUUUUAUAAUAUGAAGUUGUUUUAUGUGCAUAAAUUUCUUACCAGUUCACAUCUUGAACACAUUAAAGAUUCACAUCUUAAUAGUUAUUGAAGAAGAAUAUAUAAGUUAAUUUAUUUUUCCACUACAUUGCAAAGUUUUUAGUUACAACUGAUCUGUCAUAUGUCUGCAUCCCAAGUAAAACUACAUAUGAGUCGUCAUUUAUCAAAGGUGGCAAUCUGUGCAUUUGGACAAAAAAAUUUUAUUGAUAUGUCAAUACAGAUUGAUUUGAAUAUAAUCGUCUCCUUCAAAGAAUACGGUUCAAAACCUGCAUUAAAUAAAGGUUAAUAGUUAACCUGUUAUUUAUCUAAGAUGUCGUUCCGAAGAGUUUUGUGACUGCCAAUGGAAUACAAAGUCAAUAAUUCGUUUUUCUGAUUUACCAAUAAUUGUCCAAAAGUCAGAUUGCCGGCUUUGAUAAUAGUCGACUAAUAUGUAUGUUCAGUUCAAUAUGAUUCUGAAUGGUAUUGUCACAUAAUGGUAGCUGUACUAUAAUCCAGUGACCAGCAGCAGCAUUGGGAACAACUAGUUAAUCGUGGUUCAUCAUAAUUGAGCUUAAACAAAUAAAGGACCCAUACUUUUAUUCUCUUUAGAUAUCAAAACAAAUGAAGUUCAUUUAUGAUGAGCCUUACUAAUAAUGUACCUCUCUAGUAAUUGGCAAAAAAGCCACUGAUUCCAAUGUCAUUCUCGGAUCACUGAAUUGUAAAUGUUCACCAACAUAAUAAAAUAAGUUUCAGGAAAAGGAACAUUAAUCUCUUGGCUCUUGGAUUAUUUUCGAUUCUCGUUUUAAAUUUUACAAUUUUAAUGUAAAUAUUUGAGUAACAAGUUAGAUAAGCGUUUGGAAUCAUUGCUAGGAGUGAUUUUGUUAUAAUGACAUGUUUCUGUCAACAAGUACCUAUUGUUAAAAUUGUUCAUGUACAUAAUACAUGUGUUAACAUUAUAUUGGAUUUUCUUGAAUAUAGUUUUGAUUGAUAAUUAUAGAAAAUGAAUUGUAUUGAUGAAUGAAUGUGUAUACAUUCAUGGAUAAAUCAACUGCGUGGUUGCUGUCUGAAAAAAUACAAAGUUAUAUCGCAUUUUUUUAUGUAAUAAUCAAAGUAUUGAAAUUAGCUCAACGAAGUCAGGAUAUACCCAAAAUUAAUGCUAAUAUUAAGUGAAUUUUCAAUGUAAUGAAAAUUUAAUUCAAUUUUAAAUUGACACAAGUGGUAUAUGGAUCAAUACAACAUGUAUUCUCUACGGUAGCACUAUUUUAUCUGGGAAUUCCUGCUUUGCGACAGUACUUGUCUUGUCUUAUUUUCAAGGAUAGUUAAAACUUGUGAUUUUGGUCAGAUCUGGCCACUGAAAAGCGCUCCCGGUACUGUGAAGAAAACAAGUGACCCUUUGUGGUAAUAAGUCUGUUGUCUGUGGUAAUAAGUGGUAAAUAUAUGUUGAGUUAUUUCAAUUGAAAAUUAUCAAAUCACUAUGCUCAGUGAUAAUUGUCUCCUCUCUUUUAGUUGUAAACAAGAAAAUUGUCUGCUGAAGUAUCAGCACUUCACAAAAGAAUGACGUCAGGAAAUUGUGUAACAUUCGAAGCUGAUAGAGAUAGUCACAUUUGAUUCAUAACACGGGUUUCUGAUAUUGGUGUCGUUUUUAUCAUAGCUUGAAGGUAUCCAACAAACAGAUCAGAUGUUUAACAGAACGUAUUUAGCAAAGAAACAUAUAAUACAAACAAUAAAAUAUCAACUACGAUCGAUAAAAUACUUUACAUAUAUUUGGUGAGAGAAAUUAUAGUACUAUUGCGACACCACAACCGGCUGAAAUGCAUUGUGUGAGUGAGUAUAACAGGAAUGCGUCUUGAUGGUGAUAGAAUCUAAGGUGCAAAUAUUUUUGUUUAUUCGAUCGAUGUCAAGAAAAUUCAAUAUACUUCCGUAUUUUAGUGAUAAGACAGUCUUCUUGAACAUGUUCUCAAAGAUACUCUUUAGUGAAGCUACCAAAACGAAUGUGAAUUUUAAGAACACGUUUUGCACUUGUACAGUAAUUUAUACAACAUUCCUUAUAAUUUUUGAGCCCUCUAUGAUUAAUAAAAAGCUGAAAAUUUCAAGUCAGAAGCAUUGUAAACUAUUGUAAGAUAUUGUAAUUUGUUGUAUAAUUAUUGUAUUACAUGACAAUUAUAUUUUAAAUAAGAA